AUGUCAAAACGCGAAGAUAUAAUUGACAAGGUCCACGUGACUAAACGAAAGGAAAAGGUUCCGCUCCUCCGUGGUAAGAUAAACAUGGUCUUUUUCCUAGUGUUCCCCUUCGUAUCAUACUUGUUCAUCAAGUAUGAUAUAGUUUUGGAUAAACUAUCCUUUUUCAUAUUCUUGGCAUGUGCAGCCUUCAAUUACCUCUCAAGCAUCGUACUCCACAGCAGAAUGUGGGACCAAGAACUAUACUCAAUAUUAAGGAAAAUCGACUAUGCAGGAAUAUUUCUGAUGAUUGGUGGAAGCGGAUUGCCAGUGUAUGCUGUGUUUAUGAACGACGACUUCACAGUAGUUCUAGCAGUCUGCCACUAUAUACUCCUUUUCGCAGGAGUCUUUUCAUCAUUGAUUUUCAACUUCUGCUAUACCUCAAAGCCCGUUAGAUCUAUCGUAUACGUAUUGGCAGCAGUACCAUAUUACUUUGUAUCAUAUAAGAUUCUGUUCACACUGAAGAGCACCCAAGUUUUCCUCUUGUUUGUGUUGGGGGGAGUCUUCUACAUGAUGGGAGCAGUUGUUUACGGUUCGAAGUUUCCGAACCUAGUCCCGGGUGUAUUCGAAUUUCACGAGUUGUUUCACGUGUUUUGUAUAUUAGGGUUUAUAACCAUAUCCAUUUCGAACUUCUUGCUGUUCAAAAGGGGUGGUGCUCAACUGUUCAACAAGUUUCUGCAGUCUAAAAUACAUCCCAUAUGGCCUUGA